AUGAAGACCACUGGGGGUCUCCUUCUGCUCUGUGUAGUGGCCCAUCUCUGCUCCUGCUCAGAAGCUGCUAGCCUGCCUUUAAAAACAGUGAACUGCAGCAUUUACAAGAAGUACCCGGUGGUGGCCAUCCCCUGCCCCAUCACAUACCUGCCUGUUUGUGGUUCUGACUACAUCACCUAUGGGAAUGAAUGCCACUUAUGUAUUGAGAACUUGAAGAGUCAUGGAAAAGUUCAGUUUCUUCAUGAAGGAGUAUGUUAA